AUGGACUUUGGAUCACCAACAAUAACAAACUCUUCUUUAUCAUCAUCACGUAGAAGGAAAGCAGAUUGGGGUGAAGAAUUAAACCCUGCCACUAAAUACCAAAAAAUUCAAAAAACAACUUUUAAUACUGCAUUUUCAUUAAGUGAAUAUUUGAAUAUGUCUCCUAUGCAGUAG